CGGAAGGUAUUCGCCGCCGCCGUAUCGCGCCGCGCCGGACCCCAUGCCGCCGCCGCCGCGACGCUGCAUGCCGAACCCCACUAGUCGUAUAUUGGAAGAUGCAUCCAUUAUGUGCAAUUCCUGGUCACCUAGGCAUAACGGUGACUUAUUCGGGGGCUUGAACAGCGGUCUACAAGACGGCUUACUUUCGAGGGCGGAGGCUUUGGCUGCGGAUUUGGGAAAACACAACGCAGGCACCCCAAUGCCUCUGAAGCACGACCCCGUCUCCGUCUACCACCAUGGAGCCCAUAUGCCAACCCCCCAUCCGAAUAACCGGCCGCAUCAUCAGAUGAGUCACCCGGGAAUGGAGAGUCUCGACAUGCUAGACCCAGCGAAUUCGAUGACCACGUUAACACCGAUGUCAGAGAACACGGGCGGCGGUCCGGGCCAUCACGCCGGGAUCCACGGGCCAUCCGUGUACGGCGGCAUGAACGGAAUGAUGGGUCACCAUCACCAUCACGGAAACCUGGGCGGCGGAGGCGGCAGCGUGCCUCAUCCAGCUCACCAUCACCCAGCGAUGGCGGCGGCCGCGGCGGCAGCCGCUGCGGCUGGUCUGCACCCGGACGCAGACACAGACCCCCGGGAGCUGGAAGCGUUCGCCGAGAGAUUCAAACAGAGACGCAUUAAACUCGGCGUAACGCAAGCCGACGUUGGGAAAGCUUUGGCGAAUUUGAAGCUUCCCGGGGUCGGAGCACUCUCGCAGUCGACAAUAUGUCGGUUCGAGUCGCUGACGUUAUCACACAACAACAUGAUCGCCUUGAAGCCUAUCCUCCAAGCAUGGCUAGAAGAGGCUGAGGCCCAGGCGAAGAACAAAAGACGAGACCCGGACGCUCCGUCGGUGUUGCCCGCCGGUGAAAAGAAAAGGAAGCGGACGAGCAUAGCCGCGCCCGAGAAACGCUCUUUAGAAGCGUAUUUCGCUGUACAACCGCGGCCGUCCGGCGAGAAGAUAGCCGCGAUCGCGGAGAAGCUAGACCUCAAGAAGAACGUUGUCAGGGUCUGGUUCUGCAACCAGCGACAGAAGCAGAAGCGCAUGAAAUUCGCGGCUCAACAUUGA